CCCCCCCCCCCCCCCAUGAAAUUCACGUUCUCACACUACUAGCUCACGCCAAUUUUGCUUCUUUUAAUCAUUAUUAUCGUCCACAACCGACAAAGCUUAUACUAUAUAAUAGUUAGCAGUAUUAAACAAGCAAGUCACUAAAACAUAAUAAUGAGUCGAAUGGAAAGUUGGCCCGAGCCGAUAAUUCGAGUUCAGGAACUGUCCGAAAGUGGGAUUAAGGAAAUUCCCGAACACUUCGUGAAAUUGCCAGCGGAUAGACCAUGUUUCAUUGAGACAACAUCUCAUGUUGAUAAUAUUCCACUGAUUGAUCUUGAAAACUUGAAGUCAUUCGAUGAAUCUAUUCGCGUUGAGACUAUGGAGCUCAUUUCCAAGGCUUGUCGCGAAUGGGGUUUCUUCCAAGUGGUGAACCACGGGGUUAGCCAUGAACUCGUGGCUUACGUACGUGGUGUUUGGCGGGAGUUCUUUCAUCUCCCGCUUGAGGAGAAGCAUAAGUUGGCGAAUUCUCCAGUUACCUAUGAAGGGUAUGGAAGCAGGCUUGGAGUGGUGAAAGGUGCUAAAUUGGAUUGGUGUGAUUAUUUCUUCCUUCAUUAUCUUCCUCAGCUGUUGAAGGACGAGGACAAAUGGCCUAAUCUUCCUAUAUCAUGCAGGCAAAUCAUUGCUGAAUAUGGACAACAAUUAGUGAAUCUAUGUGAAAGAUUAACAAAGAUUUUAUCGAUAAAUCUAGGAUUAAAUGAGGAUUAUCUACACAAAAAGUUUGGUGGAGACAAUGAAAGAGGUGCAUGCUUAAGGGUAAAUUUUUACCCAAAAUGUCCCCAGCCGGAUUUAACACUCGGCCUCUCUCCCCACUCUGAUCCUGGUGGCCUGACCCUUGUCCUCCCUGACACCGACGUCACCGGCCUCCAAGUCCGUCGUGGCGAUGACUGGAUGACUGUUAAACCAGCUCCUAAUGCUUUCAUUGUCAACAUCGGAGAUCAGAUUCAGGUAUUAAGCAACGCAAUAUACAAGAGCGUAGAACAUCGCGUGAUCGUUAAUUCAGCCAAAGAACGUGUCUCUUUAGCAUUUUUCUACAAUCCAGGAGGUAACAUCCUCAUCAAACCUGCAGAUGAACUUGUGACGGAGGAUCAGCCCGCGUUAUAUUCUCCGAUGACGUUCAACGAGUAUCGAGCUUGCAUUAGAACAAAGGGACCUUGUGGAAAAUCUCUAGUUGAAUCACUUAAAUCUCCAAGAUAAUUAAAUUAGUGUAGUACCAUUUAUAUAAUUAGGAGGUCCAUGUGUAUUGGCAAUAUAUGAUGCAACGUUGCUUAAGUAUUGCACAUGCAUUUAAUUUGAUAUAUUUUCAUGUUCCGUCUUUCAUGCUUUUUGCCAAAUCCAGUAUUUUUAUACUAAGAGAACUUCAAUGUUAUUUGCCCUUUGUCUCGA